GCCUGGAUUCGGUCAAGUCUGGCGGGUGGCAAGCAUAGCUGACCAAGAAAUGUUAAAAAACAUUUUGUAACAAAAAUCUAUUUAAUAAAUUUCUAUUCAAGAAUUAAGACAAAACUGUAUACAGUGUCAAAGAGUCUGAAAUACGUUUCUUCAUUCUGGCUGAGCACCUCUCGUCGGCCUCGGAAAGCUCCAACAACACACUUGCUCACUCUCUCUUGUGAGAUUCAUUCAACUUUAACGCUCUUGCAUGCUGCUUAUUUUAACAUAUAUUGAUUACUUUGGAAUAAGAGAGGGGCGUUCUUGAGGGAUUGAAUCAUGAACUGCUUCAGCUGUUGUGUAGAAGAUGAUAUGCAUAAAGCUGCUGACAAUGGAAACCUAUACAUGGCCAAAAAUUUGGCAGGCACUGAUGGUGUUUAUCCUGCAUCAGAAGCAGCACCCAGGGGUUCUCAAAUUAUGAAACUCCAGCCUAUGCCUAUAGAAGUCCCUGCUAUUUCAGUGGAGGAACUGAAGGAAGUUACUAAAAACUUUGGAGCAAAUGCUUUGAUUGGGGAAGGUUCGUUUGGAAGAGUAUAUUAUGGGGUUCUUAAAAAUGGGCAAGCAGCAGCAAUAAAAAAGUUAGAUGACAGCAAGCAGCCUGAUGAGGAAUUUUUAUCCCAGGUUUCCAUGGUAUCCAGGUUGAAGCAUGAAAACUUUGUUCAAUUGCUUGGUUACUGUGUUGGUGGAAAUUCACGUGUACUCACCUAUGAGUUUGCAUCUAAUGGAUCUCUUCAUGAUAUUCUUCACGGAAGGAAAGGUGUUAAAGGAGCUCAGCCUGGCCCUGUUUUAUCAUGGCAACGGCGAGUUAAAAUUGCUGUAGGCGCUGCAAAAGGGCUUGAAUACUUACAUGAAAAUGCGGGCACUCACAUCAUCCAUCGUGAUAUUAAGUCUAGCAAUGUACUAAUUUUUAAUGAUGAUGUAGCAAAGAUUGCAGACUUUGAUUUGUCUAAUCAAGCUCCUGAUAUGGCAACACGCCUUCAUUCCACUCGUGUUCUUGGAAAUUUUGGUUAUCAUUCGCCUGAAUAUACAAUGACUGGACAAUGGAAUGCUAAGGGUGAUGUGUACAGUUUUGGUGUUGUCCUGCUUGAGCUUCUGACAGGGCGAAAACCCAUUGAUCAUACAUUGCCGCGUGGACAGCAGAGUCUAGUGACAUGGGCUACACCAAAACUUCGUGAAGACAAGGUUAGGCAUUGUGUUGAUGCAAGACUACAAGGAGAUUACCCUCCCAAGGCAGUUGCGAAGAUGGCCGCAGUGGCUGCCUUGUGUCUGCAAUAUGAAGCUGGCUUUCGGCCAAAUAUGAGCAUUGUUGUCAAUGCACUCCAGCCCCUGCUAAAUGCUCGGCCUGGACCUGCUGGUGAAACGGGAAAUUAAUGACUCCUUUCCAGUGCUUGUGUAUGCAAGAUUACACACAUAUAAUAUCGGAAAAUAUGACAAAGGGAUUGUUUAGGAGGCAGUGGUAUAUUGUUUGUCGAGGUUCUCUAUGCUUCAAUUAUGUAUGGUUUGUUUGAUUUGUUCAUAAUGGGCGUUUUUCUUAAUUAUUAUUUUUGGCUUCAGCUUCAA